AUGGCCGACUUCAAAGAUCCUGAGAAGCAGCCCUAUGAUGACAACGGCAUUCAUACUACUACCUCCUUUGCGCAGGGGACUCAUCGCCGCGCGUCCAUCACCGAUGCUGUCUUCGGAGAAAUAAAUGAAGAUGGUCCAAACUACCGUGCUGUUGGCUGGAAAGGAACAGCUGUACUGAUGCUAAAAACACAAAUUGGCCUUGGCGUCCUGUCUAUCCCAUCGGUCUUCCAUAGCCUUGGCUUGAUUCCUGGUGUGAUUGUUAUCUUGAUCAUCGCUGCAAUGACGAGUUGGUCCAACUACAUUAUCGGGGUCUUCAAAUUGCGCCAUCCGGACGUAUACGGCAUUGACGACGUUGGUCGUAAGCUGUUUGGUCGCGUUGGUUACGAGGUAUUCGGCAUUACAUUCGCGCUCUACUGGAUCUUUGUCGCAGGCUCUGGAAUGUUGGGUAUCUCCACCGCGCUAAACGCUCUUUCGUCCCACGGUGCUUGCACCGCCAUCUUUGUUGCUGUCGCCGCUAUUGCUGGGUUUUGUCUUGGCAGCAUUCAGACUUUGGGAAAGAUUUCCUGGCUCGCCUGGAUUGGUGUAGUUAGUAUCCUCAGCUCAAUCUUGAUCUUGACAGUAUCAGUUGGUGUUCAAGAUCGUCCAGCUGACGCGCCUCCAACCCCUGGACCUUUCCACUCUGAUUACGAAUUAUUUGGCUCUCCCACGGCAGCCGACGCAUUCGCAUCGAUCUCGUCCAUUGUUUUCGCCUACGCAGGAACUCCAGCUUUCUUCAACAUCGUGUCUGAGAUGCGCGAGCCCCGGCAUUACACCAAAGCUCUCAUUGUCUGCCAGGGUACCAUGACUGCAGUUUACAUCGCCAUUGGGUGUGUAGUCUACUACUAUUGCGGGUCUUACGUGUCUUCUCCCGCUCUUGGAUCCGCUGGACACCUCAUGAAGAAAGUCUGUUACGGCAUCGCCUUGCCCGGUCUGCUUGUCAGUACCACUUUGUUUGUACAUUUCGCGGCCAAGUACUUCUUCAUGCGAAUUCUCCGCAACUCCCAACAUCUAACUCGAAACACCCCAACACAUUGGAUUACCUGGAUUAGCUGUACUGCCGGUAACGCUAUUGUCGCUUACGUCGUUGCCAGCGCCAUCCCUGUUUUUGGUGGACUUGUUUCGCUCGUUGGUGCUCUUCUCGGUACUUUGAUGUCGAUUCAGCCUAUGGGUUGCAUGUGGCUCUAUGACCACUGGCGCGAUGCCAGGACCGGAAAGUGGAUGUUCAUGGUUGGCUGGUGUGCUUUCAUGAUCAUCGGAGGUUGGUUCCUAACUAUUGCUGGAACCUAUGGGUCUAUUGUUGGCAUUAUCGACAGCUACAACGCAUCUGGCGGAUCAGCUGCCUGGAGUUGCGCUGACAACUCCAAUUCGUCAUGA